AUGGCCGGAAUUUCGAUCUUUUUCAUCACGACCUAUUUCGCCGACUACAUCCUCGUCCCGCACCGCAGCCGCACCCCCGUCAUCAAAGCCCUCGAAGCCCGCGGCUUCGCCUUCGACAUGUCGACCUCGACCUACACCAACGCAUCCCACAGCCGCAACCACUCCUCAUCCUCCAACGAGACACCCCCGCCCGGCACGCCUCCCCCCGCCUCAAUCUCCGAGCUCCAAACGCGCACCUUCGCAACCCUCAAACGCCGCAACAUCGUCCCCACCGUCGAUCCCGCCAUCCGCCUCGUGCACUGCGCCGGCCGCCGCGACACGGACCUUGCGAACGGCUCUCGCCCCAGCGCCAACCGCACCGCGGAAGACAAGCUCCAGCUCGGACUGGUCAAAUGCCUCAUCUGCACCCCGCGCUUCCUCUCCCUAACCCUCACGGACACGGAACCUGCGUCCCUGCUCCUCGAGAAGCGGCUCCUGGCCAACUUUCCUGGAGAUGACGAUGUGCUGCUGGGCAGCAAAGACGACAUCUUGAUCCCGAUUACGCUGGACCUGAGGGGCCUGCCGCUCGAGAGCACGGGCAUUGUGUGUGGGGUUGCGAGCAGGCUAGUUGGCGGCACGACGGCGGGUUUGGAGGGGCCGGUCGAGAUGAGCUAUCUUUCGACGGCGAGGGCGGGGACGGUCAUGGUGGCGGAAGAGGAGAUCGAGAGGGCGAUGUGGGCGCUGAGGGGGGUGGAUAAUGGGGUUCAUGAGUUGGGCGAUUGA